AUGGGCAUGAAGCCCAACAUCCAGAUCUGCAACAUCAUCAUGCUGAACGCUAUUGAAGCCGGCGAUCGAAGUACGGCGCUUUCGGUGUAUCGUUCGCUGGUGCAGAGGGAACUAAAGCCCGACGAAUUCACCUUUGCGAUAUUGCUGAAGGCGUGCAAGAUGAACAUUGACGAUGCGGAACUUCUCAAUCAGAUCAUUCGCGAUGCGAUUGAGAGCGUGAACCUGCGGAAGGCGGAGGUGGUCGCGUUCGAGAUUCUGUACUGUCUGAUCCUACACCAUACCAAGCACAACCGCAGGACGGCGUUGGCCACGGUGACCGACGCCUGCGCCCAACUCUUCGACCUUCAGCCCCUGGAGAAGCUCGGCCUGCCCAUUCCCAAGCGACAGCAGCAGCAGUCCGACAGAAUCAUGCCGCUCUGGCCACCCGCCGCAAAUCUUCUGAUCACCAUGAGCAUUGAGCACGUCCUCUCGUCCCAAUCGGACGUGGAAGCCGUCGCAGCACUGUAUGUGCGCUGGCGCGAGCUCGUCGACGCAGGCGACCCCUGUUUAUCCCACCUAGCGACUGAUGACUACACCGCCAACAUCUUCCUGAUGGCAUUUAUCAAGCACUCCAACGGACUUCUGCACGCCUCGCGCGUCAUUCGCGACAUGCAACGGCCCCUUCCCCCUUCCGCCAGAGUAACACAAUGCAAGCCCACAGUGCAAUCCUGGUCCAUCUUCCUGCACGGCUUCACGCGCCACGGCAAACCCAAGCUGGCCGAGCAGAUCCUCGCGUACAUGCGCGGGCAAGGCAUCGAGCCCAACCACGUCACCUGGUCUACGCUUCUGACGGGGUACGCGCGUGCGCAGGACGAGGAGGGCGUGCUGGAGGGACUGCGACAGGUGCAUGAGAGUGGGUUUGUGUGGGAGGAGUGGAUGGAGGGGGCGACGAAGAGUUUGAAGCAGAAGGCGAGGGUGGAGGAGGAGUUGCAGAAGGCGAAGCUGGUGAAGCGGUUGAAUUUCAUGGAGGAGUUGAAGAGGGAGUUGGAGGGGCGGUUGAGUGCUGCGGCGGAUGUUGCUCAGGAGGAUUCAUAUCGUUCUUCCUAG